AUGCAGGCAAAUAUCAGCGGCAAGUCUGAUUUGCUGUUCCAGUUCCUCUCCAUCAACAGCAAUGCCAAUGCGAGUUCUCAAGGAUGUCACCACUUUGGAUUGGCUGCAGUCUUCAAGACAGAGUGGGCAGCAACAUUGGCGCAGGUCCAAGUGAAUGCUAUGAACUAUUGGAUGGACCGCCUUCGGCAUGCGUCAGCUGACCAUUGUGAGGGAGCAGUCCGGACUGCCAUUGACUCCACUGCGCCCUUGACCUUUGACCUCCCAGAUGCGACCCAGAAUGAGACAGGCCUUUGCACCCGUGCUUUGCAAGACAUCCAAAAGAGCCUUUGGUCCAGGGUGGUGGACAUCUCCAAGUCCAUGAUUGAUUUGAAGUCUGCUGUUGAGAAGGCCAAGAAUCUUGUGUCGACUUUGACAGAAGUGCGCCAAUCAAUUUCCAAUAAGGAGCCGGUGACUGAAACCAUUGUGAAGCGGGUCCAAGCCCUCAGCUCUAUCAAGGACUGCAAGAAGCUGCUGACAGAGUCUGAGGGUUUGAGUGAAGCUGAUGCUUCAGCAAGAGACUCUCUCACUCAAGCAUGGGACCAAUUCCAACCUCAUGUACCAGACGUGCAAGCUGAGUUCUCCAAGUUUGUCAAGUUCAUGAACAAGCAGUGGCAUCCAGGUCAGGACGGAACAGACUUUGAGGCUGGAGAGAUCUCUUUGCUGCUUUCUGAGCAUGAGACUGGCCUUCUCUUUGCUGAGAUUGGACGCGCUUGCUACGCAGGACUUGUGGAGUGCUAUGUGACCCAAGGAACGACUUUGGCAGAGCAAACCAUCGCCCUGAUGAUGAGCAAUUUCAUCAGAACCUUGGCGUCAUGGACCGAGACAUCCAAACAAGACCCAUCUGUGCCAGAAGGCCUGGCUUUGUGGAAGCUGCUUAUGAAGCACCUUGAUGGGAUUUCCAAGCUUGGGCCAGACUGCCAGUCCAAUGUCGCCCAAUCUGCUACCAAUGCAGUGAACCGACUUGCUGAGAUGCUGUAUGUUGGGGGCAAAACGCAUGUCAAGCAACGUCUUGAGAGUGAUGGCGUAGAGAAAGGCAUAGAGAAGGUCACAAAUGAGCUUGCUGAUCCUAUGCCAGACAAGUUGGGCUGCAUGAUCUCCACCCUCAAGCAGGGCUACUCCUGGACAACUUCAGGUCUUGAAGUGACCGUGGAGGCAAUUGAGAACCCCACAGGGGCGAUUCUUCAGCCUUACCUCUCCCUCUAUGUGAGGAUCAAGAGCUUGGACAUGAAGAUCCUGGAGGAGCUUCUACCAGAGAAGCAUGGCUUGGCAGUGACCUUUUUGAGUACUUUCGAGAAGACAGUCAAGGCCUACCUGACGACUGUGGAGCAUGAUGUUGAAGAAUCACUGGAGGGGUUGAAGCAAUACAGGGAUAUCAUUCCUGCUUUGGAGUCCUGGGAUAUUGACCCUGUGAUGUGGAUCUUCGAAGACUUCCGGGCUGUGGCUGCAAAGGUCCUCACAUACUUGGCUGUUGGAGACUACAUCAUCCACAGUGAUCAUGAGCGCUAUAAGGAAAAGGGUGCCUUGGGCAAGGUCAUGCAGUUUGUGGGAAGCGUGGGUAUGUCCAAAGCCGAUCUUCCCGCAGAAGUGCUCAAGCGGUUGGAGAGCAAGCCUGAGCCAGAGCCUGCCCCAAAGGCAAUGACAAAGGCAAGGGCUGCACCAAAGAGAAAGAAGACGGCAAAAACCCAGCCAGAGCAAGACGGAGACGAGGACCAGGAGGAGGAGAACAAGCGGUUGAAGAGAGAGCCUGCGGUGGAGAAGACGGAGCUGAGCGAGCCCAUGGGCGAGGUGCAAGUGGAUGCGACUCGAACGAUUCGGGAGUCCAUCUUCCGAAAACUGGUGGAGGCGUUGGGGCAUAGCCUCUCGGGUGAUGUUGGAGCGGAUGGGAUCUUCAUUCCACCCGUCCCGGGCGAACUCAUGCAGGGUCCCAUGGAUGGUCGCACGGUGUGGGAACUGUGUCCUUCUCCGGGUGUCUGCGUGGCGUUCGGUGACGAUGCCGAGACUCAACAAGAAGAGGCGAUAGAGGAGAUUCUGAAGCUAGAUAUGGCCUGCGCCGGUCACGUGGAUUGGACGACCUUCGUGGAUUUCACCAACGUGGCGGCCGCAGGAGGGGCGAACUCGCUCGCGACGCGCGGGCGAGGAAUCCAGGACCUUCAGUUCGUGACCUCUUCUGUUCGUUUCUCAGUGACCUUCAAAGUGACCGGCCUUGACCCUGAUCCUCAGAUCAGCGGCUGGAGAGGAGAGCGCUUGGGCUGGCGGAAGCCGGGAUGCCCAGCGGAAGUGGUGCGGAAGCGCUUGUUGUUCUAUGGUCCACAAAGUCUCCUUGAGGCUGUGAGAAACCGACCCGGACCGGGCAAGCGAUCCUGGGACGUCAAGGAUGGGAGGGUCAGCGAUAGUGAUGCCAUGGAUGUUAGGUCGAUCCACGAAAGCCUGGAGCCAACGGUACGAGGAGUGGAACUUCCACCUUACGGCGAUCCACAGUUGAGCGCCCUCUACUGGGACGCCCGGCAUGCGCGGGUGACCGGUGCGGCCUUCUUUGAUUGGUAUUUGGACUACACCAGGCUCAGAGGAAUCUUUCUUCAAGAGCUUCCAGCGCCCUCAGAGUCGGGCCCCGAAAUCCUGGAUGUUGGUUUUGGAACCUCUGAGAUUCCCAGCAGCCUCUUCCACGACGGCUACCACUUCGUCACGGCCAUCGAUGUGUCGGCUGAAAGUGUCCGUUUGGCACAACAGCGGCGUAGCAGCGAGCAGAAGUCUUUGCAGUUUCUUCAGAUGAAUGCCACCCGCAUGAGCUUCCCGGAUGAAUGCUUCCAUGCGGUCUUCGACAAGGCCACCCUGGACACCUUGCUUUGUUCCCACCAAGGGGCCGCUGAGGCCUAUCUGUCCGAAGUCUUCCGCGUUCUGCAGCCUGGAGGGAUCUUCUUGCUGAUCUCGCACUCGGGCCCGGCAGAGCGCCUCCCCUACCUUUUGCGCCUCAACAGUGCGCAGGAGGCCAUUCGACCCUGGAAAGUACAGGUCGCCCAAUUGCCAAAGAGCGAUGGAGGCGACCUUGACCCACACGAGGGUGAGGACGAUCGCGCCAACAGUUGCUUCUGGCUCUUCCUCUGCACGAAGCCGCCUGUCAACUCCGAGUCCUUCUAG